AUGAAGGGCAGAUUUAAUUAUAAUAGUACACUGUCAGAGCCUUUUACAAUUGAUAAUGGAAUAAAGCAAGCUGAUAUUCUUGCUUCUACUCUCUUUAUCAUCUAUUCUGCUCUAACUUUAGUUGAAGCUUUUCAAAACCGCAAAAAUAACUAUGUUCAUUUAUUCUUUAUUCUUCUUUUUACUUUUUCUUUCACAUUCAUUCAUUUUUCACUUCUUCUCUCUUCCUUUAUAUUCUUUCUUUCUCUCAAACUAUUUAUUUUUCAUCAUUUUUUGCGCUUUUCUAUAUUUUUAACCCUUACUCUUCCCACUUUUAUUUCUUCUAUCUCUCAUUUUCUUUAUCAUUUCUUUUCUUUUUCUUUAUUUUUUCUCUCUCUCUCUCUCUCUCUCUCUCAUAUUUGUCAAUCUUUAAUCUCUUCUAUGUUCUUUCUCUUUUCUUUUAUUUCUCUCACUAUAAUUUCCUUCACCAAACUUAUUUUUCUUGCCUAUCUUUUUUUUGUCCCCUUAUGA